AUGAGCCAUCCGUUCUCGAUGGCACAGUUUCCAAUUCUCCCGUCGCAGUUAUUAAAUUCCUACAAUCUGGUUAGGCCGCCGCCCCAGCUUUUCGCGGAACAGAAGCCUGUGGCUGCCAAGAAUGUGUCAAACUUCAUCACACCUACCGUCCCGUCGCAGAUGCUACCACCACGCGAUCCGGACUUUGCGAAGAUAGCAAAUGACUUGAUUAACAAGGCAUUGGACCGAAAGCCCGGCGGCAGCUCGGUAGUGGAGCCUGACUCUGUUCUGGACGAGUCUGGUAGGCUGUAUCACGGCUAUAAGGAAGGCAAAUAUCUCUUGCCGAACGAUGCGGCAUACCGACUGGAUUUACAGCACGCAAUCUUUCGGAUAAUGUUCAACGGCUGGCUUGCUCUAGCUCCCUUCAGCAGCCCACCGAAGUUCGUGUUGGACAUCGGGACUGGCACGGGUAUAUGGGCCGCGGAAUUCGCCCAGCAAAACCCAUUCUCGUACGUGGUCGGCACCGACCUGAGCGCGAUCCAGCCCGUGUCCUCGCUUCGGAAUUUGAUCUUUGCAAAAGACGACGCUGAGGAGCCUUGGUAUUUCCCCCACCCGGAUCCUGACCACAGCCAGUGCCAUGGGCAUUGUGAACACUGGGUGAAAUUUGACUAUGUGCAUCUGAGGAUGAUGCUGACCUGCUUCGACGACACGCGCACCGUCAUGAAGCACGCGUUCCAGAACCUGAAUCCCGGCGGCUGGAUAGAGUUCCAAGAUACCGCCAUGGAAUUCUUUCAGGCUAAUCAAUCCUAUUCUGGUGACGCAAUUAUGCGGUGUGCUGAAGGCCUCAAUCGAGGGCUCGCGGCGAUUGGGCGUGACGGGAAAAAAGCCUGGUAUUACGAACGGUGGCUCAAAGAGAUUGGAUUCGUCGAUGUCGUGCAUAGGCAAUGCUGGAUUCCCAUUACACCAUGGGCGGCCGAUCCGAAAUUCAAGAAAAUGGGUGCAUUCAACCAGUCCAAUUUGUACGAUGGUGUCCGUGGUAUCAGUUGGAAACUGCUAAGGGCAGCAGGCAUGCCUGCGGAGCAAAUAGAAAAGAUUGUAAAUGAGUCACGUUGUAUACGGACGCAAACCACUUUUGUGAAAGACCGACCACUAGAAAUAGCCGGCUCCGUGACGUCCUCAGAAAGUACGACCUCCGGCAGCCCGGCACUAGAACCAAGCACACUUGCAGAGACUUAA